GCCCCAACCCGUUCCCACUCCCACAAGGAUAGGUGUGUGCGUAGCCGCCCGUCUCCCGAGGUCUGCUCCACCCUUCAGCGCUCGGCUUUGGUGCAGCUCUGUCCCCCGCGGGACUGAAUGGUACGGCUCAGGCCCCUCGGCUUCCCCCUCCCGCACCCGGCCCGAGUGGUACGCGCCCCCCGGUGCAGACGCGGAACUGGCGCCCGCUCGGAGCCGCGCGGCGCGGCGCCGAGGAGCGACUGACGCUGGCCGCCGGGGAGGUCCGGUCUGCGUGGCUGGUCCCCCGAGGCUCGGGAGACAAUAUCAGAAUUCCUCCUGGGAACGCUGACUCCUUGCCCGGUGCCCUGAAGUGUCUCUGAGAUGAACUGAUGAAUCGGAAACAUGGUGCAAAAGAAGAAAUUCUGUCCUCGGUUACUUGACUAUUUAGUGAUCGUAGGGGCCAGACACCCGAGCAGUGACAGUGUGGCCCAGACUCCUGAACUGCUGCGGCGAUACCCGUUAGAGGAUCAUGCCGAGUUUCCCCUGCCCCCGGAUGUGGUGUUCUUCUGCCAGCCGGAGGGCUGCCUGAGUGUGCGGCAGCGGCGCAUGAGCCUCCGGGAUGAUACCUCUUUUGUGUUUACCCUCACUGACAAGGACACUGGAGUCACACGUUAUGGCAUCUGCGUUAACUUCUACCGCUCCUUCCAAAAGCGAAUGCCCAAGGAAAAGGGAGAAGGUGGAACAGGGUCCCGUGGGAAGGAGGGAACCCGCGCCACCUGUGUCUCCGAAGAGGCUGGCACCGAGAGCUCAGAGAGCGGCUCGUCCCUGCAGCCCCCCAGCGCUGACUCCACCCCUGACGUGAACCAGUCUCCUCGGGGCAAACGCCGGGCCAAGGCAGGGAGCCGGUCCCGCAACAGCACCCUGACGUCCCUGUGUGUGCUCAGCCACUACCCUUUCUUCUCCACCUUCCGAGAGUGUCUGUACACCCUCAAGCGUCUGGUGGACUGCUGCAGCGAACGCUUGCUGGGCAAGAAGCUGGGCCUUCCUCGGGGUGUGCAGAGGGACACCAUGUGGCGCAUCUUCACCGGCUCACUGUUGGUGGAGGAGAAGUCGAGUGCACUUCUGCAUGACCUUCGGGAGAUUGAGGCCUGGAUCUAUCGAUUGCUGCGUUCCCCCGUACCUGUCUCUGGGCAGAAGCGAGUCGACAUUGAGGUCCUGCCCCAGGAGCUCCAGUCAGCUCUGACCUUUGCUCUCCCAGACCCCUCUCGAUUCACCCUAGUGGAUUUCCCACUGCACCUUCCCUUGGAACUUCUGGGUGUGGACGCCUGUCUUCAGGUGCUGACGUGCAUCCUGUUAGAGCACAAGGUGGUGCUACAGUCCCGAGACUACAAUGCACUCUCCAUGUCUGUGAUGGCGUUUGUCGCAAUGAUAUACCCCCUGGAGUAUAUGUUUCCUGUCAUCCCACUGCUUCCCACCUGCAUGGCAUCGGCAGAGCAGCUGCUGUUGGCUCCAACCCCAUACAUUAUCGGAGUCCCUGCCAGCUUCUUCCUUUACAAACUGGACUUCAAAAUGCCUGAUGAUGUGUGGCUGGUGGAUCUGGACAGCAAUCGGGUGAUUGCCCCCACCAAUGCAGAAGUGCUGCCUAUUCUGCCAGAACCGGAAUCAUUAGAGCUGAAGAAACAUUUAAAGCAGGCCCUCGCCAGCAUGAGUCUGAACACUCAGCCCAUCCUCAAUCUGGAGAAAUUUCACGAGGGCCAGGAGAUCCCACUUCUCCUGGGAAAGCCUUCUAAUGACCUGCAGUCCACCCCUUCCACUGAAUUCAACCCACUCAUCUAUGGCAAUGACGUGGAUUCUGUGGAUGUUGCAACCAGAGUGGCCAUGGUGCGUUUCUUCAACUCCGCCAACGUGCUGCAGGGCUUUCAGAUGCACACGCGGACUCUGCGUCUCUUCCCUCGGCCAGUGGUAGCUUUUCAGGCUGGCUCCUUUCUAGCCUCGCGGCCCCGGCAGACUCCUUUUGCUGAGAAGUUGGCCAGGACUCAGGCUGUGGAGUACUUUGGAGAAUGGAUCCUUAACCCCACCAACUAUGCCUUUCAGCGAAUUCACAACAAUAUGUUUGAUCCCGCCCUGAUUGGUGACAAGCCCAAGUGGUAUGCUCAUCAGCUGCAGCCCAUCCACUACCGAGUCUACGAUAGCAACUCCCAGCUGGCCGAGGCGCUGAGUGUGCCGCCCGAGCGUGACUCCGACUCUGACCCUACUGAUGACAGCGGCAGCGAUAGUAUGGAUUAUGAUGACUCAAGCUCUUCUUACUCCUCCCUUGGUGACUUUGUCAGUGAAAUGAUGAAAUGUGACAUCAACGGUGACACUCCCAAUGUGGACCCUCUGACACAUGCAGCACUGGGGGACGCCAGUGAGGUAGAGAUUGAUGAGCUCCAGAGCCAGAAGGAAGCAGAGGAGCCUGGCCUGGACAGCGAGAACCCUCAGGAAAACCCCCCAGUGCGCUCCAGCGCCAGCACUACUGCCAGCAGUAGCCCCAGCACUGUCCUCCAUGGAGCUAACGCUGAAGCUGCUGACUCUGCAGAGAUGGAUGAUACGGCAGCAGGAGGCAUCUCCAAGCCUCCCCCUACUGUGCCUCCUGGCAUCGGCAAAUCGAACGUGGACAGGCGUCAGGCAGAAAUCGGAGAGGGGUCAGUGCGCCGGCGAACCUAUGACAAUCCAUACUUCGAGCCCCAAUAUGGCUUUCCCCCUGAGGAAGAUGAUGAUGAGCAGGGGGAAAGUUAUACUCCCCGAUUCAGCCAGCAUGUCAGUGGCAAUCGGGCUCAAAAGCUGCUGCGGCCCAACAGCUUGAAACUGGCAAGUGACUCCGAUGCAGAAUCAGACUCCCGCGCGAGCUCUCCCAACUCCACCGUCUCUAACAACAGCACCGAGGGCUUCGGGGGCAUCGUGUCAUUUGCCAGCAGCCUGUAUAGGAACCAUAGCACAAGCUUCAGUCUUUCAAACCUCACGCUCCCCACCAAAGGGGCCCGAGAGAAGACCACGCCCUUUCCCAGUCUGAAAGUAUUUGGGCUAAAUACUCUAAUGGAGAUUGUUACUGAAGCCGGCCCCGGGAGUGGUGAAGGAAACAGGAGAGCUUUGGUGGAUCAGAAGUCGUCUGUCAUUAAACACAGCCCUACAGUGAAGCGAGAACCUCCAUCACCCCAGGGUCGAUCCAGCAAUUCUAGUGAGAACCAGCAGUUCCUGAAGGAGGUUGUGCACAGCGUGCUGGACGGCCAGGGCGUCGGCUGGCUCAACAUGAAGAAAGUGCGCCGGCUGCUGGAGAGCGAGCAGCUCCGAGCCUUCGUCCUGAGCAGGCUGAGCCGCACAGCCCAGGCGGAGGACGACGCCCGGCAGGACGUCAUCCCGGAUGUGGAGAUCAGUCGCAAGGUGUAUAAGGGAAUGUUAGACCUGCUCAAGUGCACAGUCCUCAGUCUGGAACAGUCCUAUGCCCAUGCGGGUCUGGGUGGCAUGGCCAGCAUCUUCGGGCUUCUGGAGAUAGCCCAGACCCACUACUACAGUAAAGAACCAGACAAGCGGAAGAGAAGUCCAACAGAGAGUGUAAAUACCCCAGCUGGAAAGGACCCUGGUCUGGCUGGGCGGGGGGACCCAAAGGCUAUGGCCCAGCUGAGAGUUCCCCAGCUGGGACCUCGGGCACCAAGUGCUCCAGGAAAGGGUCUUAAGGAACUGGACACCAGGAGUUUAAAGGAAGAGAAUUUUGUAGCAUCUAUUGAAUUGUGGAACAAGCACCAGGAAGUGAAAAAGCAAAAAGCUUUGGAAAAACAGAGGCCAGAAGUAAUCAAACCUGUCUUUGACCUUGGUGAGACAGAGGAGAAAAAGUCCCAGAUCAGCGCAGACAGCGGUGUGAGCCUGACAUCUGGUUCCCAGAGGACAGAUCAAGACUCAGUCGUCGGUGUGAGUCCAGCUGUUAUGAUCCGCAGCUCCAGUCAGGAUUCUGAAGUUAGCACCGUGGUGAGCAAUAGUUCUGGGGAGACCCUUGGAGCGGACAGUGACCUGAGCAGCAAUGCAGGGGAUGGACCAGGUGGCGAGGGCAGCAGCCACUUGGCAAGCUCGCGGGGCACUUUGUCUGAUAGUGAGAUCGAGACCAACUCCGCCACAAGCGCCAUCUUUGGCAAAGCCCAUAGCUUGAAGCCGGGGGUGAAGGAGAAGCUGGUGGGCAGCCCAGUUCGCUGUUCUGAAGAUGUCAGCCAGCGAGUGUAUCUUUAUGAGGGACUCCUAGGAAGAGACAAAGGAUCAAUGUGGGACCAGUUAGAGGACGCUGCUAUGGAGACCUUUUCUAUAAGCAAAGAGCGUUCUACUUUAUGGGACCAAAUGCAGUUCUGGGAAGAUGCAUUCUUAGAUGCCGUGAUGUUGGAGAGAGAAGGGAUGGGUAUGGACCAGGGUCCCCAGGAAAUGAUCGACAGGUACCUGUCCCUGGGAGAACAUGACCGGAAGCGCCUGGAGGAUGAUGAAGAUCGCUUGCUGGCCACACUGUUGCACAACCUCAUCUCCUACAUGCUGCUGAUGAAGGUGAAUAAGAAUGACAUCCGGAAGAAGGUGAGGCGCUUAAUGGGGAAGUCCCAUAUUGGGCUUGUGUACAGCCAGCAAAUCAAUGAGGUGCUGGAUCAGCUGGCGAACCUGAAUGGACGUGAUCUCUCUAUCCGGUCCAGUGGCAGCCGGCACAUGAAGAAGCAGACGUUUGUGGUACACGCAGGGACAGACACAAAUGGAGACAUCUUUUUCAUGGAGGUGUGUGAUGACUGCGUGGUGCUGCGUAGCAACAUCGGGACCGUCUAUGAGCGCUGGUGGUACGAGAAGCUCAUCAACAUGACCUACUGUCCUAAGACCAAGGUGUUGUGCUUGUGGCGGCGAAAUGGCUCUGAGACCCAGCUCAACAAGUUCUACACUAAGAAGUGCCGCGAGCUGUACUACUGCGUGAAGGACAGCAUGGAGCGUGCUGCCGCCCGACAGCAGAGCAUCAAGCCGGGGCCUGAACUAGGUGGCGAGUUCCCUGUGCAGGACAUGAAAACUGGUGAGGGUGGCUUGCUGCAGGUCACUCUGGAAGGGAUCAAUCUCAAGUUCAUGCACAACCAGGUUUUCAUAGAGCUGAAUCACAUUAAAAAGUGCAAUACAGUUCGAGGCGUCUUUGUCCUGGAGGAAUUUGUUCCUGAAAUUAAAGAAGUGGUGAGCCACAAGUACAAGACACCAAUGGCCCACGAGAUCUGCUACUCUGUGUUGUGUCUCUUCUCGUACGUGGCUGCAGCGCGCAGCAGUGAGGAAGGUCUCAGAACCCCCCCACGGCCUGUCUCGAGCUGAUGGAGGGGGCGGAGCGGCCGCCCAACCCAGGGAACGCCCGUGCGUCUUGCUGUCCCCGCGUGUGCAGUGCUGCUGUGAUGAGACGUGGAUGGUGUGUGUGUGUUCUGCGCAAGCCGAGGCUUAGUUGGGUCCCAGUUAUACGUCUCUGAGUGUCUUUGAGCGUUUGUCACAGGGCUAAGAUAGCCCCUGCCACCUCCCCCUCUACUCCCAGAAGGUGAGCCUACUGUCCCCGCAAGGCCCCAAGAGUGAGUGUGUGGGUGGGUGUGUGUUGGGCCAGUGCGAGCCCACCAUUGCGUGUCCUUGAGAUGUUUGUGUCGUGGUUUCUCGUCCUUGUCGUCGGCAUCCUGACCCCCCCAGUGCAGGAGCCCGCUCUCCAUUGGUGACCCAGCACGACUGAGCGCCUGGAGCAGGUCCGCUCUGCGGGCGGUGAGGGAGACUUGAGCCUGCCCCGCCAGGCCAGGGGUGGGCAGGGAAAGGAAGGGAGGAGUUUGGGGCAGCUGGGAGUGAGCUGCGACCUCCCUGCCUCCUCUUGCCUCUCCCCAGUGGUGGCUCCUCCGUGGCCCAGCGCUGUGGGGGCAGCACCUGGGGACAGCCCUGGGACUUCCCUACAGGGCGCUCCCUAGCCUUCCACAUGAGAGGACGGAGUGGUUGGGACUAGUAGUGACCCAGGGACCACUGCUGCACUGCCCAAGAACCAGGGCGGGAUGGGGAGUGGCCGGGUCCCGUCCGCACGCCUGUUCUUGCAGGCAGCGUCUCCUGGCACCGGGUGCCAGAGGGGAAAGAUGGCCUGGGGAGCAGGGGAGGGGCUGUAAAUAUCCCUGCUCUACGUUAUUUAUAGAAAAUGUACAGCUCUGUGAUUAUGAAAUAAAUGUCCUAACUCCCCCUGGC